GGGACGUCGUUCUUUUGAAUCAAAUUGACGUCACGCAAGUGGUACCUACGCCAUUUUGUGUCUGCUCAAGUCAGUAUUUCUGGGCGCAGUGAAAAUUACAAAAUUCGCAUGGUUUUGUGUACGUUAAAAAGUUAAAACCAUUACCAAUCUAAGUUAACGUCUCGUACGUUAAUUUCACAGACUGAAAGUAUGGAGGACAAGGCGUCAUUAAAAGAAUUAGAUCAAUGGAUUGAACAACUAAAUGAAUGCAAGCAAUUGACAGAAAAUCAAGUGAAAACCCUAUGCGAUAAGGCGAAAGAGAUCUUAACGAAGGAGUCAAAUGUGCAAGAAGUAAAAUGCCCAGUGACUGUAUGCGGCGACGUGCACGGCCAGUUCCACGAUCUGAUGGAGCUGUUCCGCAUCGGCGGCCGCUCGCCAGACACCAACUACCUGUUCAUGGGUGAUUAUGUGGAUCGCGGCUACUACAGCGUCGAGACCGUCACAUUGCUCGUCGCCCUCAAGGUCAGAUAUCGUGAGAGAAUAACAAUUUUGCGCGGCAACCACGAAUCGCGUCAGAUCACUCAAGUAUACGGCUUCUAUGACGAGUGCCUGCGCAAAUACGGCAACGCGUCCGUAUGGAAACAUUUCACCGACUUGUUCGACUUCCUGCCGCUGACGGCGCUGGUGGACGGCCAGAUCUUCUGUCUGCACGGCGGUCUCAGCCCCUCCAUCGACACCCUUGACCACAUCCGAGCGCUCGACCGCGUCCAGGAGGUGCCCCACGAGGGACCCAUGUGCGACCUUCUCUGGAGCGAUCCCGAUGAUAGAGGCGGAUGGGGCAUAUCUCCGCGUGGCGCUGGCUACACUUUCGGGCAGGACAUCUCGGAGACGUUCAAUCACAGCAACGGACUGACGCUGGUGUCUCGCGCUCACCAGCUCGUCAUGGAGGGCUACAACUGGUGCCACGACAGGAACGUCGUCACCAUAUUCUCAGCGCCCAAUUACUGCUACAGAUGUGGUAACCAAGCGGCCAUUAUGGAAUUGGAUGAUGCGCUUAAGUAUUCAUUCCUGCAGUUCGACCCGGCUCCGCGGCGUGGUGAGCCGCAUGUGACGCGGCGGACGCCCGAUUACUUCAUGUAGGCAGCGCGCUCAUACACCGCACACACACACAGUCGGUGGCGCAAUCAUAGGCGAGCGUGAGAGGCGGGGCUCGAGUACGGGCGGGGCGCUCCGCCGUCCGCUUGCUGCUCCGCCUCCGCCUCCGCCCCGCUUGUACCGUGGCCCCGCCCUCGCCUGAUCAAGCUCCGCCCUUUCCGAACCCCGCCCCACAUAGCACUUUUUUAUUCUAAUGAUAAUGUAGUUUAACGUAUUUCAUGAAUUAAAAAUUUAACUGGUCGCUCGCCUCGCUAGUUAAAUCAUUGAAGUUGCUUUAAUAAUGUCCUUCGCUGACAUGCAUUCCGUAUCCUUCAUUUUAAUUUUUUUAACUUCGAAAUACAGCUUGUGUCUGUUCUUGUCACUUUAAAGACGUAUGUCGAAUUAUUUGAAAGCAAUAAUUUUUAAUACCCAAUUUUUUUUCUUUUAA